AAGCUUCUGCUAAAAUCUUCACAGUUUCGACGGUAUGCAGGACCCGAUUAUUUCACGGAACGGAGGUCGCCGGAAAAAUUCUGCUUCGGAGCAGCGAACUGAGGCGUUGUCGACUUCAGAUCUAUAUUCCUCUUGCGAGCAGUAAUGGAUCUAUAUUCUGAAGAAGAAGAAGAAACAGGGCGAAAACAAAAAAUAUGUUUCCUAUGAAGACUUACCAGAGAAAUUAAAUUCGCGAGAAGAAGCAAAAGACCCUUGAACCUAGUAAUGAGAUCCUAGUUAAAGCACCGAUACAAAAUACUGGUUAAAGCAAAAUACUGGUUUCCAAAACCUUCGCUCAUUUCAUUCUAAUACCAAAUAUUAGUCUUUUAAGUUAAACUAGAGGUUAUUUGAAAUACUUAUAUGCAAGUCUCUAACUACAGAAAAGAUAACUAGUGCAAACACACACUUUCCUCACUGCAGAGGCGGACCCAGGAUUUGAAGGUCGCGGGUGCACUUUUUGAUUAAACCAAUAUUUGCUUUGUAUAUAGUGUGCCCACUAUUAAUAUAUCACUAUUUUCUAAAGACAUAUACAUGUAUACAUGUAAUUUUUGCCGAACUUUACCGGUGCAAGUGACUCCUCUACCUAUUGCAUAGGUCCGCCUCUAUUCCUUAGUUAUAAAGUCAAAUAUUUGUCAUUGCCCUUUCGAAUUUUUUGUUUUGUUUUUUUGUUGAUAAUUGAUUAUGUUAGCAAAAGUAGGCAUUAUUUUCCUUGUUUUUGACUUUCUUAAAACUGUGGGAUGAGUUUUGUUGUACUCCUUUGUAAUGUUAUAGAGCAGUAAGUGAAUUGCUUCUGCAGUAUACUUGUGCGUUUAGUUAUUGGAGCUAGAUGUUGAUUAUCAACUAAGAGGGUUAUUCUUUUUUUCCCCUCUUUCUGUUUGGUUCAAAAUCUAGGGAAAAAUUUCGUUCUGUCGUGUUAUCGCUUGAGAAGAUGGUUCGUGAUGGUAGACAGCUCGUAAAAGGGGGAUCCACUCAGGUAACUGUGAAACAGCUGCAGCAACAUGUUGGGAUAAAACCAAGUAUUGCUGAUUGCUUGGAUGGGCUAAAACUUCUCUGUGAGAUGCACCAAUCCGAGUACCGUCUUAAAUUAUCGGUCAUAUCAGCAAUAUCAGCAGUUGCCUUAAAACCCAGUGCAACUGAUGAUUUAGGUGCGCUUCAGCAACUGUUGGUUGAUCAGCCUAACAUCCCCAAAGAGGAAGAAUUUCUACUCUAGUCUAGUAGAAGAGUAGAUUAUCGGUUACAUCUUCAGCAUGUCUAAGACGUACACGAGGUUAAUUACUAUUUUACUUCUCAACUGGUAAAAGACCCAAGUCCUUCAAACCUUCAGCCUGUUUAAAACAUAGAUCAAAGCUAACUGCUACUAGGAUUUGGCACCUGCUUGGUGCCAACUGUAAAAUAUUAACGUCCUUCAACUUUUAAUAUGUAGAAACAUCAAGUAUAUAUAUUAAAAUGUGACUAGGCCUUUUCUCCUGCUUUUUUCUCCCUGCGGCUGUGUUUAUUUGUGGUGUCUUAGUGCAUUUUUGUGUUACUGCCAACCUUGUCAAAAGGAGAAGUAGGUGUAUGUGGUUUUUGAGCACUGUCUUGGAAAGUUAAUGUUGUAUAUACAGACCAUAUCCUGCAUCAACUUACCUCUUACAAAUGAUCCUGGCAAUGUUCUUAAUCUUGUUUGUUCAUGUUGCAUAUGCUUGAUUAUACUUCUCUGCUUUAUUUUCUGGAUUUUAAGAAAUUUGCAUUACUAAUUUGUGACAGUAGUUAUAUAUUUUGAAAAAGAGGUGCUGAUAGUAUAUACAUAACAUCCCUCCUUCUUCGUACAUAGAUGGAGUUUACAUAGCAUUGGGGUGUUGAUUACUUUAUUAUUAUUAUCUUUUUGACCACUCUUUCGUUUUAUAGUGCCGGGUCUAUUUACUUGUUACUGCUAUUGCUUUCAUCUAUUUUCUGGCUUUAUGUUGCUGUUAUUAUUCCUUUGGUUUCUGUUGAUAAUACUGAUAUAUUUCUCUUCUCGUUUUAUUGAGCCGAUGGUCUUUCGGAAACAACCUCUCUACUCUCUCGGGGUAGGGGUGAGGUCUGCGUACACACUACCCUCCCGAGACCCCACUAGUAGGAUUCUACAGGAUCGUUACUGUUGUUGUUGUAGUCUCAGGCAUGUAGUUUUUCAUGAUUCCUCCUCUUUCCUUUGCGGUUUAGUUAUUAAGGCAGCUGUUACUCACCGUAAUGUUGUUUAAGUUACUAAUGAUGUGUAACUUCUUGCUAAUGAUGUUACUCACCGUAAUGACAAAAAUUCUAAUCCUAUAAACGUUUUCUCUCUCUCUUGGGAAACGUGAAAAUUUUGAAAUAUUUUCCGAUGGUUACCUCCGAUGACCCUUUCUGUUAAAUUUCUCUUUCUUCAUGGAAAAGAAAUUGUUCUUUUUAGCUGGAGAAAAAUCUUUUGAACUCUUAGACAUUAGUGAGAAUGUUAACAGAUGGUUUCUCCUGAUUGAAAGGGGACGUCGUUUUACAAGCAGACUGAAGAUUGACGAAAUCUUCCUCAGAUGGGUUUGCGAGCAGCUUCAACAUGCCUCUCUGGGAUCCGGAGACCUUUGCAGGAAAUGGGGGAGAAAAAUACAGGCAUAUACAUACAGGGUGUACCAGAAUUUCAAUGGCUAUGGUCGAUUCGUGCGGAUAGAAUCGUGGAUAGGAGACAACAAGAAGGCUUCAAUCAUUAUCCCAGAAUUUGGAUAUAAUACAGGAUGGAGGGAUAUUGCUGGGAGAAUUCUUCAGUUCCUAGGCAAACCACAAAUCAUUUUGCGACGCACCACGCCAGAGUUAUCAUAUACAAAUGCCGCAAUGAUACAAGAAUGGCCGGAAAGCGGUCUAAAUGUUGCAAAGGUGGUGGAUAAAAUGGUCAGAGUUAAUCCAGAUGCAAACAACAAUAGCUCAGGUUUCCUUUCUAACUGUUUGAUUGGGACCUUUAACGACCCAUUCAGUGCAUCACCAAAACCAGAAGUGAUUCAAAGCUGGUUCACAAAAAGAUGGCAAGUCACAGCCGGUCUCAGAGUUACACAUCUCUCUCACAAUCAAUUCCUCUUCCAUCUUCCUUCAAAACAAGAGGCCACAAGGAUUAAAGAAGGUGAAUGGUUCUGGAAUGGGAGAAGACUUUCACUGGGAUGGUGGUCUCCGGUGUCCGGCACGCAGAUGAACAAGGUGAACUCAGAACAUGUAUGGAUUAGAGCCUUGGGUGUUCCUCUUCACACAUGGUCAGAAGGUACUUUCAAAGCCAUCGGAGAUCUUUGUGGUGGGUUUGUUGGAGUGGAUGUUGAAACGAAAAACAAAUUGAAUCUGUUUUGGGCUAGAAUAUGCGUUAAAGUCUGUCUCUCAGAACCUCCUUCUAGGGUGGAGGUAGAAGUUGGAGAUUGGAAAUAUUGGGUCUCAAUUGUGCCAGAUGAUUUUUGUAAAAUUAGCAGAAAUGGGGUCUCCGGAGUUCCAAAGACGGUGGAUACAGAGGUGGGUACCUCGAUGUCCAAAAAGCCAGUUGUAGUUGACGAUAGACACGUGAGAGGCCACGUGGGUGUCACUCAAAACCUAAAUUUUGAAUUAGGUCAGAGAACCGGUCCUUUAGUUCAACCAACCCCAGUCCAAUUGCAAAUUAAAAAGGAUAGUUUUGACAAAGAACAUGGAUUGGGCCUAUUACUCUAAAAAGCCCAAAUGUUUUAAGAGGGAGCAAAGGAAUAAAAAACAGGCCCAAAUUAAACAAGGCAAGCAAAUCUGGAAGGCAAAGGGCCCUUUUAAUUCUAAACCCAUCAUUGCUAUGCCUUCCCUGAACAUUAAUACGAGGCCUAACCAGCCAGCAACCUCUGUCACACCUCCUUUUUCCGCCCCCGCGGGGGUACAAGGAGUUUUUUCCAAUUAAAGGACAAUCGA